UUUCAGUGUCGAGCGCAAGCGGGAGGAUGGCGACGCCGGCGACCGCAGCCUGGCGCCUCGAGAUCUCGGAAGAGAUGCGCAAGACGAUGAUCACGGAGAUGUACCAUGAGCUCCUGCGCAUCUCGGGCGAGAACGACAAGCAGAAGGUCUGGCGCUCCGCCGCCAAGUUUGAGCUCAUGCUCUGGACGCAGUCGGAAGACAAGACAACGUACUUGACCAAGCUCCAGAAGAAGAUUGCGAGCCUCAAGAAGAAGUCGCAGACGGGGGAUGCGCCGGCCGCUGCGCCGGCCCCGGCGGCCCCGGUCGUCGCCGCGACCCAGAUGCCUGCGGGCUUUGGCGCGCAGGCCAUGCCCCAGGCCGCUGGCAUGGCCAACCCGACGACGACCGCGGCCGCGAUCCAGUACACGCAGCAACUGCUUUUGCAGCAGCAAGCGCUCUUGAAACAGCAGCAGCAAGAGCAAGCGCAGCAAGCCCAGCAAGCCGCGCAGCAGCAGGCGCAACAGCAAGCCGCGCAACAGGCCGCGCAACAGCAAGCACAGCAAGCCGCAGCCCAAAAACAGGCGCAGCAGCAAGCAGCUGCCCAGCAAGCCGCGCAACAAGCCGCCCAAGCCCAGCAAAACCGCAUCAACCUCAUGAACCUGCAAGCCGCGCAACAAGCGGCGGCGGCAGCAGCGUCGACCGCGGCCCAGAACAACCUGGCCGCGACGCCGGCGACCAAUGCCGCGACAACGGCCGCGGGCCUCGCCGCCGGCGCGCUGCAACAGCAGCCCACAGUGCUCAUUGCGCUGCAGCAGCAGUUCCAGCAGCAAAAGCAGACCAUGGCGACCGCGCAGCACAACGAGAUGCAGCGCUUGCGGCAGACGCAGCUACUGCAGCAGCAGCAGAUCACGACGACCCACAUCCAACAGAACACGCCGCCCGACACGCGCCGGAUCCAAAUGUCGCAGCUGCAACAGCAGCACGCACUCGCCCGCAACAAGCUCACGCAGGAGCACAAAGCCAAGCAGGCGCAGCUCCUCCGCACGCAGCAGCAGCAAUUCAUCGCGCAAAAGCAGGCGCUGGCCAAUGCCCCGGCCGCGCCCGUGGCCGCCGCGACCCCGGCGGCGGCGACGCUCAAGCCUGGCAUUGCGCUCGCACCAAAUGCCCAAGUGACGGCCCAGCAAGCCGCGCAGGCCCAGAACGCGCAAGCACUGCAGCGUGCGCAGCUGCGGCAACAGCAGCAGCAACAGCAGCAGCAACAGCAGCAGCAAACGACGCCGUCGCCAUUGGUGACGCCGACAGCGCCGUCGGCAUCGACCGACAACCUCACGUACGCCGAGAAGCUGCGGCAAAUGAAGACCAAGUACUGGGACGAUCUCGUGGUCGUGCACACGGAGUUUACGCGGAUGGCGCAGCAAAAGCCGUCCGGUGACUCGGCGCAGGCGGUUCAGCAGCAGGAGCGCAUCAAGAACUUCCUCGCGAACCUCAAGCGCAUUCUGACGCUGCUCAACCAAGACCCGAGCAAGAUGACGAGCAACAACCGCGGCGACCUCGACCGCGUCGAGCAGCACAUCAUGCGUCAAGUGAUGCCGAUCUUGCACCGGCUCAAGACGGACAAGGCCAAGAAGGAAGCGGAAGAGAAGCAGGCGGCCGAGAAGCAGCAAGCAGCCGCGCUUGUCGCCGCACAAGCGCAGCUCCUCGAGAAGCAGCGCUUGGAAAAGCUCGAGGCCGAGCGCAAGAUGCAGCAGGCGCAACUCGAAGAGAAGGCGCGGCUGCAAAAACAGCAGCUCGAGGACAAGAUGAAGCUCGAGGCGGCCGAGAAGCAGCGCCAGCUCGAAGAGAAGGCGCGGCAGCUGCAGGUGGCCCAGGAAGCCAAGCGCAAGGAGCUCGAGCUGCAGCGGCAGAAAGAGCUCGUCAAGGCCGAGGCUACCAAGCCCACGCCGGCCGUCAAGGGCAAGCCCGCGGUGGUCGCCAAGCCCGGGCUCAUCAUGGUCACGGAGGCCCAGCGCAAGAUCCAAGAGGAGAUGUACAAGGUGCGCAGCCAGCACCAAGUGCUGUUGCAGCAAAAGGCGAUGGCCAAGACGAUGCCCGAGCAGCAAAAGGUUACGAAGGAGAUCCAAGGUCUCCAGCUCAAGAUGAACCAGUUGCACCAGCAGUUUCUGCAGUCCAAAGUCGCGGAGGAGGCCAAGCCCAAGGUCGAGCCGCCGGUCGUGCCCGAGCCGGUCGUCGCCGCCGACGGCUUUGUGUCGGUCGUCAAGGCCGGGACCGGCAUGACCGCGGCCGAGUCGCUCCUCGCAGCCAUUUCGACGUACGCCAAGGAAAAGCCCAGCGUCCUCCACGACGCCGCGCCCCAGUUUCUCGACAUUAGCCUCGCGAUCGGCGCCAAGCUCACCACCGCGUUUGUCUAAGAGAUAUUAUACUAUCUAUUCCACUGAUGACGUGGCAGGCGCUGCGGGCGUUUGCAGUUGCG